UGAUUGUUAGAGACUUGUCAUUGAUAGUGGCUGCUAAUUUCUGUGUUUCAAAAGCCUGUUGACUCUUCUGCAAGGGAGUGCAGCAUCCUCCAUCCCUUUACCCACUUGGGUUCUACUCAGAUCUGCUUGCAAAAGGAUCCAUCAGAUACGUAAACAUGAAUGAUGAAGACUAUAGCACCACUUAUGACACAGUCCAGAAAGAGACGGUGUAUGAGGUUCCAGACCAGCCAGCAGAAAAUGAAGGUCCCUUUUAUCAUAACAUCCAUGAAGACUUGAGCUCAGAAAACAAUUUAUAUGCCACUGAGCUGGAAACCCAUGAAUAUGAAUCUGUAUCAUUUGAUGCUGUGGGAGGUGAGGAAAACAGCUUGGCUUUUUCCCAACCAGAAGAAGAAGGCUACCUCCAGCCUUAUGCGGUAUGUCCUGAGGCCCAGGAUCCUCAACCAGAUGAGCCCCGGGAGGACGAGAAUGUCUCAAUGGAAGAAUUAUACUCGCCAAUUCAGGACCAGGAGACGAGCCCAGAAGAGCCACAGGAGAACAGAAGCAUGAUGGAGGGGAGCCUGCCUUCUCCUUCAAGCUUCACCGUCCAGAACAGCAGUGAAUAUUCCCUCACCUGCUAUUCUGCUGCCAAUGAUUUGGAAGAAGACGAAUCAGCUUCCACGAACCCCGAGAUCACCCUCUUUGUGAAGGCUGGGAUCGAUGGGGAAAGCAUCGGCAACUGUCCCUUCUCUCAGCGCCUCUUUAUGAUCCUCUGGCUGAAAGGAGUCGUGUUCAAUGUCACCACUGUGGAUCUGAAAAGAAAGCCAGCCGACCUGCACAACCUUGCCCCUGGCACCCAUCCGCCCUUCCUGACCUUCAACGGGGACGUGAAGACGGACGUCAAUAAGAUCGAGGAGUUCCUGGAGGAGACUCUGACCCCUGACAAGUACCCCAGACUGGCUGCGAAGCAUCGGGAAUCCAACACAGCAGGCAUCGACAUCUUCUCCAAGUUCUCUGCCUACAUCAAAAACACCAAGCAGCAGAACAAUGCUGCCCUUGAGAGAGGCCUGAACAAGGCACUGAAGAAACUGGAUGACUACCUGAGCACCCCUCUGCCAGAGGAGAUCGACGCCAACACUUGUGGGGACGAUGACAAGGGGUCCCGGCGCAAGUUCCUGGAUGGGGAUGAGCUGACCCUGGCUGACUGCAAUCUGUUGCCCAAACUCCACGUGGUCAAGAUUGUGGCCAAGAAAUACCGCAACUACGACUUCCCGGCAGAGAUGACAGGCCUGUGGCGGUACCUCAAGAACGCCUACGCCCGGGACGAGUUCACCAACACCUGUGCCGCUGACUCAGAGAUCGAGCUGGCCUACGCCGACGUCGCCAAGCGCCUCAGCCGAUCCUGAGCACGGCCACCUCGGCCACCUCGCCCCAUCACUGCUGCAGAACUCAGCUUCUCCCAAAGGACUCCUCUUCACAGACCCCUCUCCACUUUGCCUCGGGACACGUCUUUAAUGGUCAGGCCACGCCUUGCUGGCAUCAUUCGAAUUCCAGCCUGCCAUCUUAGUGAAGGUCAGCGCCAACCCAUCUGAUCACACAGGACUCCGCAAGCAGAAAUGCUAGACCUAGUCAAGCUCUCAGCCUUUGGGUCCCGUCUGGGUUCAGCGUAUUUGGGGUCAGUGUUGCAGAACCCACAUACGGGAUUGUCACUGGCCCCUUCUGCCAAUAUCAAAAUAUCUCCUCAGAUGCAUUAGAAACUUGCAACGCCCUGUUCUCUUCCUUCCUCCUCUUUGUCCGUAACUCCGAGGCCAAGGACAAAUGCCAUCUUAGUUCUUAUUACAUACAGAUCCCCUGCUCUUAGGGGGUCGGAGAGAGUGAAUGGAGAGGGACCGAGCAGGCUGUGGAUUUUGACAUCUGGCAGACACACCUUGAGUCACUCACUACUUUCUGACACUCCUGGACACUGAAGGCCAGACUGGAAAGCCACGUCAGGCCCAGUCUCGGUUUGCUGCAGUGCUCUGAUGGUCACAGUGCCAUCGUGCACCUGGCUGACACUGACCUCCGUGUUUAUGCUGUCCACGCCUUGCCAGGAAAGGAAAUUGGCAUCAAUUCCAAACUGGGGGAUGGGGACGGGGACGGGGAGGAGAGGAGUGUUGAUGCCAAAAGGCCCUCGGGGGUCUACCAGCCAUGGGGUUUACCUGCUUAGGGGUAGUUGCUUCCUUGCAGGUUACAUGCCUGGGUUUGACUAUGUUUAUCUACAAGUGAAUUUUGGUCUGUGAGAAAGUAGAAGAGCGUGGGCGGUGGAGGGAUGGGUGAAGAUUAAAAAAAAUCCUUUAUGAUGCUCAAUGUUCCCUGGAAAUUUUGAAGACAGGUCUUCUCUCUCAUAAACUAAGUCUUGAACUGAUGUUGUCAUGUAACUACCAAUCUUAUAGCAAAAACCCAAGAAUUGGCCAAAAAUGACUUUGCAGGCUCUUCAGGUUGUUCCUGGAUUCGGAUCUGCCACCUGGGGGCUCACAGGCAGCCGCUCCUGGCUGAUCCAGCCUCAGCCUCCCCUGGGAGAGAGUCACAAUGAGGAGGUGGCAUGGUCAUGGAACCUUAGGAAGAAAGUCCAUGAGCUUUUCUGACUGGGAAACCAUGCGGUUUGAACUUUAAAAAAACAGGUAUGCCCAUCUGGGUUAAUGUUCCUACCACCUGACUCAACAAUCAGAUGAACAAAAGGAAACUAUUUUUUAGAUAAUAUUGCUCUCCUAAGUCGUUCUUCUUGAGUUUCGCCUCCUUAAAAUCUUACCCUGCUUGAGUAUGGUGACCAGUGCAGAGGAAACUAAGAGAAAUGAACUUAUCAUCAGCUCCCUCUCCCAUGAACGCCCUGUGUGAGGAAAUCCACUGCCACAGACCCUCACCUUCAACAAUCCUCCCUUCUGUGUUGCCUGCCGGUGGAGAGUGAGGUCCCCAAAUGCCGGAAAGCCCCAGGACUUGACUCAUUGCUCAGGGAGGGCAGGACAGCAUGGGUCCUCGCCAUACAAACAUCAACAAAUUCCAGCCCAAGCAAUCCCCAGAACUAGCUGUCUCCAGGGAUCUCAGGAGAAAAAGGGAACCCCUUGAUCAGAGCAGAGGGGAGAAAACAGGGGGUCUCCUUCAGCCCACUGAGGAAGAGGAAAUUGCUCAGUAGGACAUUUUAUAUGCCUGAGAGUUUUGAAAAAGCAGAAUGAGUUGAUUCAUUUCCACCUCUAAAGGAUCCUUUCCACAAUUCCCUG